AUGGACAACACCAAUGAUUACAUUGCUAAUACUACAGCUAACAGAGUGCCUCGUACGUUCCUGACAUGGGGCACUUUGCUGAAGGCUGAUAUGAUUGCAGUGACGGAGGCUCGAAGGAAAUCUGCAGAAGCAUUGGAAAAAGUAGACCAACUUGUUAAAGAGGCUACAGCAUCAAAAUCCGGUAAGGACGAAGGCAACCGUACACGGAGAAUCCUGGAGUACUUGCGGGAUGGUAUAAGAUACGCAGAAAGCAUUUCGACUGCCAACAAUUUUGCAGAGGCAGCAGUAAGCCUCUUGCGAGUUAUCAUUGAACAGGAGAUAAGUAGAAGACAAAAUAAUGAGCAAAUUGUAGUUGCCUACUGUAUGCUGUCUUCUGCUACAUUCACCAUCCGCUACAUUGAGAGAAGCCACAUAAAUGAGGAUUUAACCAGUGAGGUUGAUACAGAGUACAUCAAAAUACAUGCUAUCAUUGAACAAUUUGGUGUCAUUGCUACAGCAUAUUAUGCAACAUCUAAACGACCUUUAGUUGCAUUUCUCAAAGCAAGUGAAUUCAAAAGACAGAUGAUGACAUCUAUGGAAAACUGCAAUGUCUGCCACACCAAGAUCAGGGAGCUUCUCCAGCUUCAUGUUACAUCAACAGUUGAGAGCACUGCUAAGAAUGUCUUAUCAAUCAUAUCGCGUCUUGAUAGAGCAGAAACCCAAGAUGACAAGAAAGCAUGUAAUAUCCUUGUUAAAUAUGGAAAGGAUGGACAAUCAAUAAUUGGAAGUGAUGGAGGUCUUCAAGAACUUGCAACACUUUUCAGUGAACAUGUCACUGGAAAAACCAAACAUAUUCUACAGGAGGAUAUUGAAGAAAUACUCACAGAAUACAGGAAUGAUUUCCUCUCAAAGAUGGAGUUUACACAACAGGAUAUAAAUGAAAAUGUACAGAGGCUCGGAAAUGAGAUUAUGGCCCAACUAACUUCAGGGCCCCAUAAUCUUAUCAAGGACCCAAUUUUCAGGAAUGUUUGGUCAAGUCAAAAAUGGAAGUCAAGUGUCAAGAGCAGAGUCUUUGUUGAUGAUCAUCCUGCCAUCAGUGAUGCAAUUGAUGAAGAUGGGAGUGGAUAUGUUUCUGCCCAUGAAUUUAAUUCAUUCUUGAUGCAAAAGCCCUCCCAAUGGACCUUUCCAAAAUGGCUUUUUUUUCUGGGCCAUCGGAUGGCAGGAUACAAUGUUCAUCUUUGCAUGGUGUCCAAAGCUGCAAAGUCAAAAGCAAAGCAUGACCUACUCAAGGGAGAUAUCAGCAAAUACAUCGACAGUUUACAAGUUAUUAUUCCAAAAUUGACUGACUGGUAUAAUAUCACUGGUUAUGAAUAUGAGAGACAUUUUGGCCUGGAAUCGGAGGCUGACACGCAGUUUCAUUCCCUUGUUCAAGAGUAUCAAGAAUUGAACAAGCAGCUAGCUGAAAAGAUCAUACAGGAUGGUGGCAUACAGGAUGGUGGCAUACAGGAUGGUGGCAUCCUCUCGGAUGCAGUGGACAUUUCACCUCUCAAGCGCCGAUUUAGAGACCGCAUUGAAAUGUGGAUUCUGCCUUUCUUGGAGAAUAUUCUCCUUCACCAAUUUGAGGCCUUGGUGGGAAGACCAUAUGCCAAUUAUAAUGCAUAUAACAAUGGCAAAGGCUCAGAUCAAGCAGAUGAAGAAAUUUCUGCUCCGACUGUGCAGUUUGACAAUAAAACAGUUGAAGAUAUCCAAUGGAUGGACAUGAUUGAUACUUUAAAGGAACUGUUCAUUCAGUUCCACUUACGCAUGCUAUCCUUACUUCGUGGAUGGAAGAAGCAAAAGAUUAAUUGCCAAGUAAUGAUUGACAGUUUUUCUGGCGGCCUUUUUGCUGGCUGGCAUACAGCGUAUAUGGGUGAUCGGAAUUUCAAGCAUAUGAUUGACAUACUCAUUCAUAUUGAUAACUUGGACUCUGGAAAUGAAACCCCCACUGAUGAUGUAGGAGGCAGUUAUAAAUAA